CAUUACUCAACCAUAACAAUAAGCCAACAAUUAUUAUUAAAUGCAAUAAUAUGGUUUUAAUUGUAGGUUAAUAAACAAUGGAUAAAGAUUCAAUGAUUGAACUUUCUGAAUUUCAUAAUAAUUUAUAUGGCUUUAUAUCAGACUCCAGAGAAAAUUUAAUUGAAAAACCACCAGAAAUUAAACCAAGAAAAAAGAAAUUAUUAAGUUCAAAUGACAUCCAGUCUAUAGGAUCGAGUUCAUCCAGCAGUAGUGAGAGGAAUGGCUCCGAAUUUUCAUCAGUUAGCCACAAUUCAUCACCAUUGCUACAAAGUUGGCAAAAAAAUAAAAAUACCAGUGAUGUGCCUAUGCCAAUACCUGCACCUCGUACACGUUCAAUAUCAAGUACUAAUGGAUCUAGUGUAAGAAGUUUAUCUGCUAAUAGUCCAAUAUCACACAAGAGUAGUUUAAAAGACAGUCGAUCAGUAACUCCAGAAAGUGUAUCCAUUGAAUUAAGUGAUAGUGAAAUAACUGACAAUUCAAGAAGAAUAUCGCCAUUAAAAGUUAAAAUGAAAGAAAAUAAAGAAAAAAAGGACAUGGAAUUGUCAACUGCAUUAAAUGAAAAUGAAAACAUUAAGCUAGAAAUUCAUAUUCAUAAAACAGAUGUAUUAAAAGUUGAUACAAGAAUAAGACAUCCAAGUGUUAUAAUUUAUAUUAUUGAUACAACCACAUGGGAGUAUCUAAGGAUAAGCGAUGAAAAUGUAACAAAUCAAGAAAAAACUAACAUUAAUCCAAUUUUAACAAAAGAAUUUGAUUUCAAAUGUCACAAAACAAUAAUACCAAACUGGGAUGAAAAAGUGGUUUAUACUGAACAAUUUAAACAUAUAAUAACAGAAAAUACAGUAAUAUUAUUUGAGAUUGUAGAUUUUACUGGAAGUAUUCGACCUUUAGUAUCAACGAAUAAUUGGCAUAGAAUAGCUUGGGCAUUUAUAAGACCAAUUGGAUCAAAUGGAAUUACAAAUACAGGAAAACAAAUAAGACUACAAUUAUACAAACCUGGGCCAAAGCAGAAAUCUUUUCAUAAAAACCAUCCAAUAAUAAUGCAUUGGUUUAAAAAAGGAAUACUAAAAAAAUACCCAAGCACACUUUAUAUUAGUUUGAAUAAAGUAAAAAACUUUGGGGUAACUGACAUGGUAUCAGAACAAAAUCAACAAGAAUUAAUUUCUACCAAAUCUAAUUCACAAAAUGAUCUUAAUUCUGACUUAAUCAGUUCAAGUCAAGAAAUGUUUCAAGAUUACAAUAUAAAGUGGAAACGUUUUCCUGGUCAAAAGUGUAAAAUACCAAAUUCUGAAAUAGUUAAGCUUCAACCAAACUUAGAAGGAUGCAUGUCUUUAAAAUUUAGUCAUGAUGGUUUAAAGCUAGCAGUAGCUACAGGAAAAAAUAUAAAUAUCUAUUCAAUACCCGGAUAUAAAUUGCUUAAACAGUUAAUUGGUCAUCAAGGUUUAGUAUAUACAUUAAGGUGGAGCAAUGACAAUAAUAAUUUAUUAUCAACUUCUUCUGAUUAUACUGCUUGUGUUUGGACACUAAAGAAUUACAAUCAAACAAACUUCCAAAUUCUUCCGCAUCCGUCGUAUGUAUAUUGUGCUGAAUAUAAUAACGGGGUUAUAAUAACUGGAUGUUACGAUAACAUACUACGAUUAUGGACUUCCACUCAUAAUAAAUGGACAUUAUGUCAAGAAAUGGAAUUCCACAAAGGUUUCAUAUCAAGUAUUACUUUGUUGGAUACUAUAGUACUUUCGGCCGAUAGUCAUGGGUUAAUUAUCGAAUGGACGCUCGAAAAUAAUAGACUUGAACUAAAAAGAAUAAUAUCAGUACCCGAAAUACGACAAGUCAUAAUAAGUAAUAUAAUUUUACAUCCAGCCGGCAAACGACUUCUAAUUCAAACCAGAGAUAGUAUUUUACGAAUGAUGGAUUUACAUACAACAGCAAUCAUACAAUGGUUCAGGGGCGGUGUAAACAAUAAAGUACAAACAGGAUGUGUAUUAAGUCCUUGUGGUAAUCUUGUGUUUGGCUGUGGUGAAGACGGACUAGUUAAUGUUUGGGAAGCGUAUACCGCUAAGCAAUUGGCAUUUUAUACGAAUCGCCAAGAUUUAACAGCAGCCACUAGUAGCGCAGUAGACUACCAUCCAUAUGACCAUAUGAUAGUAUUCGGAGUUUAUACCCCAAAUAAAAAUUCGCCCAUUUAUAUUGCUCAAUAUAAAAAAGAAAACGAAACAGACAUUGGUUUGAGAUUUUUGAUUCCAGUAGAACAUAAACAAAAAGUUUUUGAACACAUUAAUCACCAGACAGCAGAAUAUGAAUAUUUAAAUAAAUUAAAAGCAAAGGAACAUGAUAAUCAACGCAUAAUGCCAUUAGUUAAUAUCAUAAAGAGAAUGGAUAAUGUUUUAAAUUCAUUUAAGACAAAAGAAUAACACAAUAUACUUGUGAAAUACUGCAGUAAUACCAAAUCAAUAAAAAUAUGAUGGCCAAAAUAUUUAUUUUUAUAGCUGAUUAAAUAUACCUAAUAUUUU